AUGCGGGCACAGCUGGAGAAAGGAGGGACAGAUCCCCUAUUGACUGUGCAAGCUGGCCUGCGCCAGCUUCCAUCGAUGCUGCUGGUUCCAGCGUGGGAGCGAGAAGAGCUUCCUCCGAUAGGUCGAGCUCUGGCAGAGCGAAUGAAGAAGAAUCCAUCGCAUCAUUGUUGUCGAGGGCUGACAGAUCUGAAAUCUGAAGGCCAGAAAGGGUGGGAGCUUCUUGUUCUAGCUCGGGAGACCGCACUGCGUCUACGACCGAGGCCGUUGCUGGGUAUUCAGCGUGAAUCACGUCUAUGUUUGGACCGGAUCCCGGUGCGGAAGAAACUGAUGCAGACUCACCUGAUUGGUCCGAUGCUACCGGAUCUGUGGCGCACUGUCCAUGGCUUGAGAGAAAGAGAGUUAAGAGUCGGUUCGAGUUUCCUGUAA